AUGUGCUGGCUUACUCUUUUUUUCUUAGUGCAACAAGUGCUGGUUUACUUCUUUGAUAAAACUUUGUUGGUGUGGCUGUACGAGAACCUGCAGCCGGGAGUUACAGUCGCAACUGUCCCGUGGUCAACUACUUUUUCAAUGGCCGUGUGGUGGGGAUGGAAGUGGCGUUUUGGAAACGUGUUUGGAGAGAAUUGUCCGUGUAGAGAUAGAGUCCAAUUUGUUAUGGAGUUGGCAGCGGAAGUGUGGGGAGCCAACCAGUUGUUGGGUGCGAAAGGAAGUGAGAGGCCCAGAGAGGUAAGACACAUUGGAUGGAAAGUCCCGGCUGCUGGGUGGUUUAAGUUGAACACGGAUGGUGCCUCACAUGGUAAUUUGGGUCCGGCAACAGCAGGGGGAGUGAUUAGAGAUGGAGAUGGUCGAUGGAUGGGGAGUUUCGCUUUGAAUAUUGGCCGCUGUACUGCGCCUUUAGCAGAGCUGUUGGGUGUGUAUUACGGGCUGGUAGUAGCAUGGGAGAAGAAGGUGUCACAUCUGGAGCUUAAAGUGGACUCGGAGUUAGUAGUCGGUUUUCUGAAGAGAGGGAUCAAUCCUGCUCAUCCCUUAUCUUUCAUGGUGUGA